UCGCUCGCAUGUCAGCACUUAAGCAACCUCUUCAACGGGUUCCCAGGGCAGCUCUAUUGCUAACCUUGGGUGCCACUCUCGUCUCUGCUUUCGGCAUCAAUCUGAUGCAGUUGCCCGAAGAAGACAAGUCGCAGGUGGCCUGCACUUUGGCGCUGCUUCGCAAGUACUUCUCUUAUAGUGAAGCCAUGUCUGGCUCUGUGAUGUGUGUCAGCAUUCUCUCCUCAAAUCGUGAGGUGCAGCAGCGUCUUCUACAAGCGCUCAACGAGCACCCGGAUCAUCCCUGGACCCUGUUGACCACCAGGGCAGAGGAGAAGCACAAGACUCAAGCGGAGCUCAUGGAAAUGCACGAGAAGCCACAGUGUUAUUUCCUAAUCGUUGGCAAUCUGGAUGACGAAGACAUCGAGGAGACCUUCAACAAUUGGAAGCGAAUGCUCAACUGGAAUCCAUUUGCACAGUUUGUCGUCUUUCUGGCUACGGUGGAGGAGACGGACGAGGAGAUGACGGAUCUGAUGGUCGAAUUGAUGCUGACAUUCAUGAACAACAAGCUGUACAAUGUGAAUGUGAUUGGACAGAACGAGGAAACGAGUUUCUUCUUUGCCAAGACGGUGUUUCCCUAUCAUCCGGACAACAAUUGUGGCAAUCGUGUCAUAGCCAUCGACAUGCUGGAUGCAUGUAGCUAUGAGGGGGAUGGAGAGGAAGAGGAGGAGGAGGAUGAAGACGAGGAAGAGGAAGGGGCUGAGGAAGGGGCUGAGGAAGGGGCUGAGGAAGGAGCUGAGGAAGGGGCUGAGGAAGGGACUGAGGAAGGGGCUGAGGAAGGGGCUGAGGAAGGGGCUGAGGAAGGGGCUGAGGAAGGGGCUGAGGAAGGGGCUGAGGAGGAAGGAAAUGGUGAUGGUGAAAGUGACGGGAAGGAAGCAGAGCAGGAGGAGAAUACAGGCGAGGAGGAGCCGGAGAAGGAAGAAACUGGUGAUGAAGAGACCCCUGAGCAGGAGGAGAAUGUUGAUGAAGAGGAGGCUGAACAGGAUGAAAAUAUUAAUGAAGGUGAGGCGCAGCAGGACACGAAUGUAGAGGAAGAGGAGACAGAGCAGGAAGGGAAUAUAGAGGAGGAUGAGCAGAAGCAGGAGGAAAAUGCAGACGGAGGGGUGACGGAGAAGGAAAGUAACGUUAAUGAAGAGGCAGUUGAGCAAGAAGUGAACGUAAACGAACAACCGGAGCAGGAGGAAAAUGCAGACAAUGAGGAAGGGAAGCAGGAGAAUAAUGUUAGCGAAGACGAGAUGGAGCAGGGGAAGAAUGCAGAUGAGAAUAGGAAGGGCCAAGAGGAGAAUGCAGACGAAGAAAAUGUAGAAGAAGAGGUGGCGCAGCAUGAUCAUAAUUCUGACGAAAUUGAGGAAGGCGAAGACAACACUACAGGUAAUGUGGACUAUGCUACAUCUGGGGAAGGAAACGCUCCUUUUGCUAGGGAUGAACUCCCCGACUGGGACUCUGAAAGUGCCAGAGUGACUAUAGGAGACGUUGAGAUCGAAGAAUUUACACGCGGUAGGUUCGAGGACAAAUUCCCUCAUGAUCUCAGCGGUUGUCCCAUCAGAGCGGCCUACCGCGGUCCCUGGGAGCCUUACAUCUUCUCCACCAGCAGUCAGAGUGAGGUAGAAGUCGAAGCUGCAACCAAGCCGCCACCCGACGCCGAAACGCAGUACGGGGACGAAACCGAAACCGAAGGGACAACAGCAGCCAAUGACAGCGAUAACAACGCCGAUGGUUAUUCCGAUGGUUAUGCCACCAGCUACGACGAGAGCUACAGCGAGGUGGAGGAGUACAACAAUGUGGAGAACGUCGAUCAGGUGGACGAUAAUGUGGCCCAGAAGAUCACGCUGACUGGCCUAGAGUAUCAGCUGGUGCAGACGAUUGCUCAGCGACUGCAUGUGAACAUUGACUUCAACAUGCAGAGCAGCAAUGUGUUUCAUCUGUUUCAACAGCUUAUUGAAGGUCAAAUCGAUGUGAUUGUUGGCGGCAUCGACGAAGAUCCCAGCAUCAGUCAGGUGGUGUCCAGCUCCACAUCGUAUCUGCAGGAUGAGCUCACCUGGUGCGUGGCCAGAGCGAAGCGUCACCACAGCUUCUUCAACUUCUUGGCUGGCUUCAAAACCAACUCCUUGCUGCUGCUGCUGCUCUUCAUCAUCGUUAGCUCUUUGUCUGUGCUUGCGGCUCAAAAGGUUUCCAGGUUUCGCCUCAAGAGUUUGGCAAACUUUCCAACAAUUUUCAUGCGCAUGUUCGGCAUCCUCUUGACCCAGGCAAUCAAUGUGAAUGCGCUUUCAUUGCCGCUGGUGUUGCGUAUGCUCCUCGGACUCGCCUUCUACAUGGGCUUCUUCUUUAGCAACACCUAUCAGAGCUUCUUGAUAAGCACAUUGACCACACCCACAACCCAAACGCAGAUCAGUCAUCUGCAUGAGAUCUACGAAAAUCGCAUGACCAUCAUGGUGAGCUCUGAGAAUGUGCGACACUUGGAUAAGGACGGCGAGACCUUCAAGUAUAUACGCGAAAAGUUCGAGAUCUGCUACAACAUUGUGGACUGCCUGAAUAAUGCUGCAGAUAACGAGCACAUUGCUGUCGCCGUGUCUCGACAACACGCUUUCUACAAUGCCAGAAUCCAGCGAGACAAACUUUACUGCUUCGAUCGUCGUGAAUCUCUUUACGUUUAUCCCGUUGUCAUGUUGCUUCCUCGGAAGUUUCAGUUGCUGCGACAAAUCAAUGCGAUUAUUCAGAAUGUCAUCGAAUCGGGUCACAUGCAGAAAUGGUCACGAGACUUGGACAUGGUUCGAGUCAUACACGAGAAGAUCGCACGUGCCCAGGAGGAUGUCUUCAAAUCGCUGACUCUCGCCCAGUUCCAUGGCGCCUUUGCUUUUGCCAGCGCUUUGUUGUUGCUCGCCAGCUGCGUCUUUCUGCUGGAAUGUUUCAUCUAUUGGUUGGUGGUCAAGCGACGAUCACGUCUCAAGCCUCUGCGGUGUCUGCAUCGUCGCUUGCGCUGAGUCGCCAUCGCUGCACAUUACGCAUACGCCCGGUGUUGUCGCUCGCAUUGGGAGCAAAUAAAUUGUAGUAUAUACUUAAAUGCAUAUGCAAUAUAUGUAUUUAGUUUUUCAUAUUUUCUUGGCACAUUAUUCAAUUUAAAAAUACAGAAUUGCAAUAUGCCGUGGAAUGCACAGCAGCGUUGCCGUUGCGGCUGCUUGUCAUAAUCCAAGCAGUUGUCGACGUGCCACAGUGACCACUCGCUAAGCACAACACUUUAGAAUU